AUGGCCACAACCACCUCCACCCUCUCCGAAUUGACGCGGACGCCGACACCACCUCCAAAUGGGUCCAAUUACCUCACGGCGAGCGAGGGCACGUCCGGUAGCGCCAGCGUGACCGAGCCUAGCAGUCCGGCCGGCGACUCCAGGGAUGACCUGCGCCACCACAAGGCUGUCUAUCGCGAUGCCCUCGGCCUGCCGCGUGAGCUCAGGCUGCGCUGCCAUAUCCACCUCGAGGAGCAAUACUACAUUGCCGCCCUGAACCUGUUGAGCAGCCUGCUCUGCGACGGCAUCCCGCCCGCCCAUGCGCCCACCAAACCAGGCUGCGUCGCGCCCCCGGCCCAGAUGGCGGUGCUGGCCACCCUUGCGAUCCACCCCAAGCACACCUCCAAGCUGGCAGACUCGGCCCCCCAUGACGUGUCGUCCUUGGCCAUGUCGUACCUGCGCACCGUCCUGGCCACCGUCGGCCCCGUGAACGCCAACCUACGCGACGCCUUCCUCUUCCGCGGCGAAACAGGCCGGCGGCGGCACAGCUCCGAGAACUCCGGGCUGAGUGGCAUGGACAGCGACGAGGACCACGUACGCGGCAAGACGGCGAACAAGGGCAGCGUUUGGGCGCGGGGCCAGGACUUCUGGAAGGUGCUCGGCUGGGCCUUCAACUGCAGCGCACAGCACCCUCACCGAUGGCGGUGGUGGCAGCCGUGGCUCGAAUACAUGGUGGACGUGCUGGAGGCGGACUAUGAGGAGAGGAAACGUCUUGAUGUCGAGCGCGAGGGGUCCCAGGAGUCGUACGAGUAUCAACUGCUCCAGGAGUCACUAUUGGUGUCGUACAUCAUGCCAAAGAACAGCCGCGUCAGCCCCCUGAAGCCAAUAAUCAGCGCCCUGUUUGCGGACGGCAACACAUCAUCACAAGCCAUCUUCAAGGAGGUGUUCACGCGAGAGAACAAGGUUGCAUCCAAGAGCAGCAAGAAAAGGAAACGCGAUCGGGUCGACCUGGAGAACGACAAGUUCGGCGACUACGAUGACGACUCGUCCACCGGAGGCUCGGAGCCAUCAACUCCAGAGCAUCUCCGAAUGCUGGCAAUGGACGUCAAGAACGACACAGCAUUGUGGACGGGUACCUCAUUGUUGGAGACCAUCCCACUUCGACUCCGUCUUUUUACCCUCUUAUCCGAGGCCGCGUACGACAUGCCCGGGAAGUGCAUGAUCAGCCUGCCAGACCUCUACGAGAAGUCCACAGAGCGGAUCGCGCAGCUGCCUGUGGCGGCGUUUGCCAAGUUCCUGUCGCAGCACGACACGCCGCUCGCGCAGGGCAGCCUGGUGGCCAUCAUCCGCUGCCUGAUGCCGUACCUGCUCCCCGGCACGGCGCCUCGGCCCGGCGACGUCGACGCCGAGGUGGACGAGCGCGAGGACAUCUCGGCGCGCAUCCUGGAGCGGUGCUACCUGCCCUUCGCCUACCGCACGGCCGAGAACAACGCCAAGAUCUCGCUGGCCCUCGAGUCCAUGCUGCGCCUCGACUUCUGCUCGUGGUCGCCGGGCUUGCAGCGCGCCGUGGAGAAGGGCGUUACCGCGCGCAACGACAAGGCCGCGCCCAGGAAGGGCGGCCGCAUGAAGAGCGACGGCGAGCUGGCUGCGCGUGAGAUGCUGCUGGCCUCCGGGAAGAGGCUCCUGGCGUGGGCUGAUAUGUUGAAGAUGGAGUAUGAACAGGAACCGGAGACGUAG